ACCAGCAGCAGCAGCCAUGGUAACCAUGAGACGCUAAGCUAAGCUGAAACAUGGCGCGGUGUAUAGCACUACACUAGCCAGGGGGCUAACCUAAAUAACACGCGUUCUAUUGCUUUACGAGGGUUAAGCUGUGUUUGUUUGUUAGUUUGUCGUCUGUGAGCGGUUACUCCCGUUAGUCCUCCGGGCUCAUCCACUCAGUUAACGGAGCAUCUAUGCUAGCUGGAACACUGACUAGCUAGCUAGCCGGCUGACUGGAUGAUACACAACACUGGUGGUUACCAACGCUGUUUACAUCCUCCCCUAUGGCUUUCUAUGAAGUCUACUCUCAUCCGGCUCUGAUUCGGUACAAAACGAGUGUCUGCACUAAAGCCACUGUGUUUCUGGUUGUUGUUUUGUGCCUUACCUACAUCUCACCUCUGCUUGUCGCCUACAGGAGCCAAGGUUUCUGGAUCAAAAGGAGCACGUAUGAGGAACAACCGGUUGUGAGGUUCCAGUACCAGACUGUGCUGGUGGCAGCAACCAGUACUCAGGGAGACUAUGUGGCCUGGAGCACCUUCCCCCAUCUUAACAACAUGCUGGGGGCCAACCUCCGGAUCCCUGCUAUCUCUGUGAGAGAAGAGGACCAGAACCAGGAUGGGAAGAUGGACCUCCUGAUUUUUCAACUGCAGCUACCUCUACAACCCGAGGAACAGGUGUACAGUGUCCAACUGCUGCUCACCUUCAGCUACAAGCUCUUUCGGAUGUCCACGGUGGUGAUGCAGAGCCUGGCUUAUGUACAGCACUCUUCUUCUGUCCCCGGAGCUAAGCUGUUCAUCAGCGGAGACUUGAAGCUGCUGCAGAGGACACCCCUGCCUCACCGGGGACUGUACAACAUUUACAAUGUGUCAGUGAUCGAUGGCUCCAGCCCCUUUGCGAGUGCGUAUGACCUUGACAACAUACUUAGGAGCUACCAAAACAGAAACUUGACCACAGUGCUGUCCUGUCCCAUGCCAGUCUGGACUGUGGGACGAGCUGCUGGCUCUCCCUUCCAGCUUAAUGCUGAGAUCCGGUACCCUAUGGAGGUCAUUAGCUAUCGUCCUGGCUUCUGGGAAACCAUCAAAUUUGCCUGGAUUCAAUACGUCAGUGUCCUCCUCAUCUUCCUCUGGGUCUUUGAACGCAUCCAGAAAUUUGUUUUCCAGAACCAGGUUCUAACCACCGUACCCAUACAAGUGGGAAAACCUCACCUGUCAUGAUGCAGUGGUAGUGCUCUAACUUCCAGGUAUACAAGAACAGACAAUAUGACAUGUCUCACAAUGACUCACCAGCACUGACACUCUGAAAUGUAAUACCAAUUCAAUAACUGUUUGAGUUUUAGAGAAUAGCCAUUAAGUCCGUUUUGUAAUUACAUUAUGACAUACUGUACAUAAACAUCAAAUUCUUCCUUUUAUCACUUUAAGAUUUAUCCUUCUGGUUUGUGCUCAUCACUUAACAAGUAAUUAGCAAAGAACCUCCCAAAAACUUGCUGUAUUCCUUUAAUAAUUUGGCUGUAUUUUAUACAAACAUGCGCAAAUUCAUUUAUUUUUUAACCUUUUCCUGGACAGGUUACUAUGCAGGCCCUCCACAGGAAGUACAUUAGUUCUUGCCCCAGUAAAUACAUUUCUUCUUCUUCUUUUUUGAAACAAUGGACAUUUAUAGAAGUUAUAAAUAAAUUUUCUAUAUUUUUACUAUUUGUAUGUUUAUGACAAUUUGUGACAGUAAUUAAAGAACUUCUUUGUUGAUGUGCUCAUUCAUUUUUCUAUUGUGCAUAGCUUUAGGUGAUGGAUAAUAAACCAUUUGUACAUUU